UUAGAUGUCUCAUAUUAAAAAUCAUGGAGCUAGGAAAGGCGAAACUUCUGAGAACUGGCCUUAAUGCCUUAUACCAAGCGAUUCACCCUGUGCAUGGUAUUGCCUGGACAGAUGGGAAACAGGUGAUACUAACUUCCUUACACCUUCAUAAUGGAGAACCAAAAUUCGGUGACUCAAGUGUUGUCGGUCAGUUUGAGCAUGUCCAUGGACUCUACUGGGGCCCGUGUCCUCCUGAUGCCCCGGCUCUGCUCGCUGUUCAACAUAAAAAGCACAUCACCAUUUGGCAGCUCUGUUUUAAUGGUGCAGAAAGAAAUAAGCUCUUAGUUUCUCAGAUAUGUGACAUCAGCGAGACGUUUCCAGUGCUCCCCCAAGGCUGUGUGUGGCAUCCGAAGAAGGAGAUCUUGGCUGUGCUGACUACGCGGGAUGCCUCUGUCUUACACUCUGUGCAUCUCAACAACUCCAGAAUUAAAGCAGAUAUUAAAGGCAGCGGUCUCAUCCACUGCGCUUGCUGGACCAAGGAAGGCAGUCGCUUAGUAGUGGGGGUAGGCAGUGCCCUUCAUUCUUAUAUUUGGGAUGAUGCUCAGAAAACACUGAACGCUUGUGCUUUUUGCCCAGUCUUUGAUGUAGGAGGCUACAUCUGUGCUGUGGAAGCUACUCUGAAUUUCCAAGUUGCUGUUGCCACUGAGCUUCCUCUAGACAAGAUCUGUGGUUUAAAUGCUGGUGUUGCGUUUGAAGUUCCAGCGAGCAUCGAAACAGAGUCCUUCCCUUCACAGUCCAGCUUGUGUGGUGAGGAAGAGUAUUCCAUGGAUGGGGGGAAAAAAUCCCAGGACUCGGAGAAGCCCUUGUCUGUUGUUACAUCUCCUGUGGAUCUGACUCACAUACUUUCUAGUAAGCAGGGUGCUGAUUCCAGUCCUCUUCUCCAUCUGAGGCCCAAGGACUACCUCACGGGAAGUGGCCAAGAUUCUUCACAUCUCAUCUUGGUGACUUUUGAAAGAAAGGUUACCUCUACCAAAAAAGUUAGCAUCCCAGGCAUUCUGGUUCCUGAUAUAAUGGCAUUUGACCCCAAAACUCAAACUGUAUCGGUUGCCUCUAAUACUUGUAACGUUAUUUUAGUCUACUCACUGACUUCAUCCAAUUUACCCAAUAUUCAACAAAUUCAGCUAGAGAAAAAUGAAAAACCAAAGGGUUUGUGCUUCUUGACCAAUAAAUUAUUACUGAUACUAGUUGGAAGACAAAAAUUCACUGACCCUGCGUUUCUUCCCUCUUCAAGAUCAGACAAAUAUAUGAUCCGAUUGAUGAUUAAGGAACUAAUAUUUGAAAUGGGCCCUUCAGCAUCUGCAUCAGUUAGUGGGAGCUCCAGUUCGAACCUUUCAAAUAUACUUCAUGAUCUCUCCACAGAUGUUCACCCUCUCAGCCGUGGACUCUUGAUACCAGAUCAUGCUGCCAUUCGGUCCCCUACCAGCAGAAGGAAACUCAUUGAAGAAAUUAAGAGUCCUGUUUAUGAACAAAGCUUGCUGAACAAGGGUGGCCUCAAAGAUAAAAAGAUUUCCCUGAAUUUUCCUCCAGCUAUUGAGUCUCUCGAUGCCGAACCAGUUAAUCGGACUGUGGCGCUGUCUGCUGCAUCACUGGCGUUUGCUGACAAGCCGACAUCUCCAAAAAGGCAGGCAGAUGCAGUUUCCAAAAUACCAAAUUCUUACAAGAAUAACCUACUAAGUGAAAAGGAGGCGAGUUACUUUUCAAAAAAUGUAGAAAAACUGUCUGGUAACUUCACAGAAUUACAGCAUCAUCUCUGUGAGUUAACUGAGCUGCUAAAAUCUGGGAAGAGAAACCUUCCAGCGUACCCAUCUUCUCAGGAACCCUCUUUUAUUAACAUCACCUGCCAGAAGCAGCUUUCCAGAAGUGAUUCAGAUGAAAGACGAGCUGUUAUUCUUUGUGGUGGUAAACUCCGGUUAAAUAUAGUCCAGCAGAUAUUCAAUCUCUCUCUGGUAGAAAUGCAACACGGUUCAUCUUGGAUUGUUCUCACAGUGGACAGCGAGGGCUUUGUUCCGUUAACGUUUACAUCCGCGCAGGAGAUAGUUGUAAGAGAUGCCAGUACGAAAGGCUACAGUGCCCGUUCCUCCAAAACUUUGGACAUCAUCAGUUCUACAGAAGGGUGUAGACCCGCUUCUUCUGAAAGUCUGGAUAUCACAAGUUCUUUGGAAGUCCUCAGAGACUGCUCAUCCAAGACUUUAGACAGCAGCAGUCCUUCAGAACAGCCCAGCAGUAAAAUGUAAUUUUUGACAGUGAUUUUGCACUGCCUGUCUUAUGAUGGGAGACUUCUAUUACUGUAAAGGUUUGCAAGUUCUAAAGAGCUGUCUCUCUCAAAUCUCUGUUGGAUUUCCAUAAUUUUUUGUUCUGGAUCACUGUAAAUUAUUUAUUAACUUUUUUUUGAUACUGAGCAGUGUUUUUAAAAUAUGCCUCUUGCAGUGUAGAGCAGGCCUUUGUAUCAGUGGUUGAAAAUAGGUGUUCUUACAAGCUCCAGAGCUAAAGUUUCCAUCUUGGUCUUUAAUACAUCAGUGUUUUCAGAUGAUCAUAAACUUGCAUAAUAAACAAAUACUUGAAAA